CUGGGGAAAUGCUGUAUUUAGCAAACAUUUCCUUGAAAUAAGGAAAGAUUGUGUUUAACACCUGAGCUUGCAGGCCAGGAUUCUAUAAAGCUUUUGCUGGGAAUAUAAAGUGUUCCAAGUGCCCUCCACACAGUUUAACCUAUGUAGAAGCAACUUCUGUCUGUCAGUGUGAAAAAGGUUACUUCAGAGCUGAGAAAGACCCACCAACUAUGGCAUGUACCCGGCCACCUUCUGCUCCAAGGAAUGUGAUUUUUAACAUUAAUGAAACAGCCCUUAUGUUGGAAUGGAGCCCGCCCAGUGACACAGGAGGGAGAAAAGAUCUAACCUACAGUGUAAUCUGCAAAAAGUGUGGGUCAGACACCAACCAAUGUGAGAUAUGUGGUGGAGGCAUCCGUUUCAUCCCAAGACACACAGGCCUGAUCAACUCCUCUGUGACUGUACUUGACUUUGUCUCUCAUGUGAAUUACACCUUUGAAAUAGAAGCCAUGAAUGGAGUUUCAGAGCUGAGUUUCUCUCCCAAGCAGUUCACAGCUAUCACAGUUACCACAGAUCAAGAUGCACCCUCCUUGAUUGGGAUGGUAAGGAAGGACUGGGCUUCCCAGAACAGCAUUGCCCUCUCGUGGCAAGAGCCUGACUUUCCCAGUGGAGCCAUUCUGGACUAUGAGAUCAAGUACUAUGAGAAAGUCUACCCCCGGAUAGCGCCGGCAUUUUGGCACUACCUGCGGGUAGAAGAGCAUGAGCAGCUCAGCUACUCUUCCACAAGGUCCAAGGCUCCGAGUGUUAUCAUCACAGGUCUCAAGCCAGCCACCAAGUAUAUAUUUCAUAUCAGAGUCAGAACGGCAGCAGGAUACAGCGGCUAUAGCCAGAAGUUUGAAUUUGAAACUGGAGAUGAAACUUCUGAUAUAGCUGCGGAGCAGGGGCAGAUUCUUGUAAUUGCCACUGCUGCUGUUGGUGGAUUCACUCUCCUGGUCAUCCUCACUCUGUUCUUCCUAAUCACUGGGAGAUGCCAGUGGUACAUCAAGGCCAAAAUGAAGUCUGAAGAGAAAAGAAGGGCUCAUUUGCAAAAUGGGCAUUUGCGUUUCCCAGGUGUCAAAACAUACAUUGAUCCAGACACAUAUGAAGACCCCUCUCUUGCUGUCCAUGAGUUUGCAAAGGAGAUAGAUCCUUCAAGAAUUCGUAUUGAGAGAGUAAUUGGGGCAGGUGAAUUUGGAGAAGUAUGCAGUGGGCGCCUGAAGACACCAGGAAAAAGGGAGAUUCCUGUUGCCAUUAAAACUUUGAAAGGUGGUUAUGUGGACAGGCAGAGAAGAGAUUUUCUGAGGGAGGCCAGUAUCAUGGGACAAUUUGACCACCCAAAUAUUAUUCGUCUUGAAGGAGUCGUUACAAAAAGAUCCUUUCCGACCAUUGGGGUGAAGUCUCUUUCGAGAUUCCUGAGGGCGGGAUUUUUAAAUAGCAUCCUGGCCUCACAUCCAGUUUCAGGGGGUGGAUCUUUGCCCCCCAGCAUUUCCUCUGGCAGGCCGGUAAUGAUUGUGGUUGAAUACAUGGAAAAUGGAUCCUUGGACUCCUUUCUGCGGAAACAUGAUGGGCACUUCACAGUCAUCCAGCUGGUUGGCAUGCUGCGUGGAAUUGCAUCUGGCAUGAAGUAUCUUUCUGAUAUGGGCUACGUACAUCGAGAUCUGGCAGCUCGUAACAUUUUGGUCAACAGUAACCUCAUGUGUAAAGUCUCUGAUUUUGGCCUGUCACGAGUGUUGGAGGAUGACCCUGAAGCUGCUUAUACAACAAGUGGUGGAAAAAUCCCCAUACGGUGGACAGCACCUGAAGCAAUAGCUUAUAGGAAAUUCUCUUCAGCAAGUGAUGCAUGGAGCUAUGGUAUUGUCAUGUGGGAAGUGAUGUCCUAUGGAGAGAGACCAUAUUGGGAGAUGUCUAAUCAGGAUGUUAUACUGUCUAUAGAAGAAGGUUACAGGCUUCCGGCUCCCAUGGGUUGCCCAGCUUCCCUUCACCAGCUGAUGCUUCACUGCUGGCAGAAAGAGAGAAACCACCGGCCAAAGUUCAGUGAUAUCGUCAGCUUCCUAGACAAACUGAUCCGCAAUCCAAGCACCCUUCAUACCCUAGUGGAGGAUGUACUUGUAAUGCCAGAUUCACCUGGUGAAGUUCCAGAAUAUCCUUUGUUUGUUUCAGUCAGUGAUUGGCUGGACUCAAUAAAAAUGGGUCAGUAUAAGAAUAACUUCAUGGCAGCAGGUUUCACAACUUUGGAUAUGGUUUCAAGAAUGAGUAUUGAUGACAUUAGAAGAAUUGGAGUUGUGCUUAUUGGACACCAGAGACGAAUAGUGAGCAGUUUACAGACUUUACGAUUGCACAUGAUGCACAUACAGGAGAAAGGAUUUCAUGUAUGAAAGUACUAGAAGCAACUGUGUUUUGUGCCUCAGCAUUUCUAAAAUGGAAAAUAUUCUCAUCCCUCCCUUCAGCUCCUUCCAGUUUCCAGAACUGCAGUCUCCUGUUCAGACUAUAAACAUACUUUUAUUUUAAUGCUUCCAGCCUGGAAUUUUUAACCACACUGCAUAGAUCCUCCAUCAGUUACCUGCCAAUGAAAUCCUGGCCCACUGCAAGACUGUUGCUACACACUGGUGAAUAACUCAGCAUGGAUGUGUAACUUUGUAUAACAGUAUUUGGGAAACUUUCAUGGAUUUCUUUGAUAGUAGCAGCCUAUUUGGCCUGGUGUGGCUUCUUUAUUGAUGUAUUUAGAGUGUGAUGGUAGAUCAAAAAGUAUUUGACUUCUUUCAUGUUCUGUGAUCAUGUAACUUCCAAUAUCAAAUGUGCAAUCAAAGAAGUUUGACAUAAAUAUUUAUUUUAUCCCUUAACUAAAUCCAAAUAUAUGGGUCCUAUUAUUACCUUACUUUGUAAUAAUGCUGGUAAGCUGGUACCUGAAAUAUGUUAGAAUUCUUUGCAGAAGUGACCAAGUUCCUGUAGUGAUUUCUCAUUGCCUGCAUAAUUGAGAAAGGGGUUAGAAAGCAUUGUUUUAAAAUUUCUUGAGGCCCUGAAUUUAAAUGUAUUUCUAUUAUCACUCAACAUUCUUUUAUCUUUCAUAAAAUUGCAACAUUCAUUCAUUCUGAGGAUUUUUCACCCUUUUUUUGCCCUUUUUAAUACUCAGUAUUUGUCUCUAUCACAUGGUAGAUUACUCCCGGAAAGCUAUUGUAACAAUUCCUUAACCACAUAUAAUUAGAGAUCUACCCAACUCAAGGCAGUGGCCAUCUGAUUUCGCAGGCAGAUCAUGGGGCCAGCUGCUAUGCUAUUUUCAUGGAUUUAUUGUGGCUGCCCCCCCCGCGCCCCUACCUCUGAUUGGCCAAGGGGCCCUGGUGGCCCU